AAACCACGCGCCCGCAUACACGCCGCGGUAGCAGCACACUCGCCGCAGCCGCGUCUCCCUCUUCCCCUCCUCCUCCUCGUCCGGGCCAGCGAGGGCCGGACCAGCCCGCCGCCGCCGCCGUCGUCACCUCGCGAUCUGCUCCCGCUCCUCCUCGGCCGCCUCUGCCCCCGCUACUCCUCGAGCUGUCCUCCUCCUCCUCCUUUUUUUCUCGCGGCGGGGAGAUAGACGGAGGGGGCCUCUGCUUCCGGCACCAACAAUGAGGGGGCCCCUUCUUUUCGAUUUCAACUUCUUGGGUGAAAUCAUGGACGGUUAAAGCGUUCCUAGUAGUGCCUCCUGAGCGGAGCGGGGAUUGUAUGCCGCAGAAUCUUGAGCGAGCGAUUCCUCUGCGCAGCGUCCGUACGAAAAAUUCGUCAAAGGACUGGACCAGUGAUAGUGAUGGCAGUGAUAAGUUUGAGUGGGACAGUGAUGGUGAGGCUGAGGCCUCAUCUGCUCCGGCUAUGAGGAACUUCGAUGCUCCUGGCCCAUCCACACUCAGUUCCAAUGGGUGGAUCAACGGGGAACCGCCGCCUACUUCUUUGAUCGAGGGAUAUGUGGCAAUGGGCUUCCCAAAGGAGAUGGUCGUGAGGAGUAGCAAGGAGAUUGGACAUGGUGAUGCAGAUGCGCUGCUCGAGCUACUCCUCACGUAUAAGGCACUAGGUGAUGAUGAUGAUGCACUGGGCAAUCACUCUACUUCUGGCUGCAACCUCCCUAUUGUUGAAGAUGAUGAUGAUCUUGAUUUUGAGAACUGGGAUGGCGAUGAUGAUACUGGUGGUAGAGAGUCAAGCUCUGAUGAUUCUGGUUAUGAGGAGUUUCUACGAGAGAUGUCAGACAAGGACGAGAAGAUCAACUCAUUGCGAGACAUGGGCUUUUCUGAAGAUGAAGCAAACAUGGCCAUUACGAUAUGCGGUGUGGAUGCUGAUCUCUCUGUAUUGGUCGACUCGAUUAGUGCAUCACAGGUUACAGAAGUUUGUCACUCUAGAAACUUAUCUGACCAUCAGGUUACAGCUAGAUGCUUCGAUUCCUUUGGAGGGAAAAAGAGGGCAAGAUUGAUUGAAGAGAGCAAGAAAAAGAGGAAGCGAUAUGGAGGUGGAGCACAAGGCAAACGACCUUCCUCGGAUGGCAGCGAUGAGGAAUCAAUGCCUCUCCCAAAUCCGAUGGUUGGGUUUAACCUUCCUGGUUAUAGGGGACCAUCAAUGACCCGAGUGCUUCCUGAACUGGCUACCGGACCACCUUAUUUCUACUAUGAAAAUGUGGCCAGAGCUCCGAAAGGUGUAUGGGCAAAAAUUACAAGAUUUCUGUUUGACAUCCAGCCUGAGUUUGUGGAUUCUCUUCAUCUGUGUGCAGCUGCCAGGAAAAGGGGAUAUAUCCACAAUUUGCCAACCGAGAACAGAUCACCGCUUCUCCCUCUGCCUCCAAAGACAAUUUUUGAGGCAUUCCCUCAUGACAAGAAGUGGUGGCCAUCCUGGGACCAGAGAACGCACUUCAAUUGCUUGCAAACAUGUACGGCAAGUGCACCGGUGACAGAACGGAUCCAGCAGAAACUUUCAAGCUCAGGCAAUCCACCACCUCAAAGUGUACAGAAAUAUGUCAGGCAUCAGUGCUCAAAAUGGAACCUUGUUUGGGUUGGCAAAGACAAAGCUGCUCCAUUGGAACCUCAUGAGAUGGAGUAUCUUCUUGGUUUCCCAAAGGACCACACAAGAGGCUUCGGCAAGACACAGAGAUACAAGUCUCUCGGCAACUCAUUCCAAGUCGACACGGUCGCUUACCACUUGUCAGUGCUGAGGGACAUGUUUCCCAAUGGUAUUACUGUGCUGUCCUUGUUCACCGGUAUCGGAGGAGGAGAGGUUGCCUUGCACAAGCUUGGGAUCCACAUGAGGGCAGUAGUUUCUAUUGAGAUAUGCAAAGCUAAUAGGAAGAUUUUGAGGAGUUGGUGGGAUCAGACCCAGACAGGAACAUUGAUUGAGAUUGAUGAUGUGAAAUCCCUCAAGGAUGAUGAAAUUGCAUCAUAUGUUCAUAGAUUUGGCGGCUUCGACUUGGUGAUUGGGGGCAGCCCAUGUAACAAUCUUGCCGGAAGCAACCGACACCAUCGUGAUGGCUUGGAGGGCGAGCACUCAUCUUUGUUCUAUGACUACUUUAGGAUCUUGAAUUCCGUCAAGUCGGCUAUGGCGAACAUGUAGCCUAAUCGCUGUAGUACCUAUGCUAUCGUUUAAUGCUUAUAUCUAGGAACUGUAACCGAUUUGUGUUUAAACAUUGAGUUGAUGUGGAGGAUGUUUAUUGGGGAGAAAGAUCACAUUAACAUUUAGCUGCAUGAUCUAUUGUUGCUAACUAAUUUAUGGCCUGUUCAUCU